AUGAGUUCGAAUAACAAUGAAAUAACAGUGCCAUAUAGAUUAUAUAAAGAAACGGUUGAGAAAUCACAGAAUGUACCAAGAUUCCUCAUUACUCAUGCCAACUACCAAGGCGUUGCAGAGAGUAUGGAAAUCAAGCUUCAGUGUGAUUUCACUAUCAAGGUGUUCGACAAUCAAUCGCUGGACAACAAGAAUGUGGUGGUUCCACUCAUCUCACAGAAAGCGACAAUUGCCGCGUCGCAGAUUGGCUAUGGUGCCACUGCCGACGACAUUGAGAACGGUGCAGCUGCAAGCGCCGGUGCCUGUAUAGUCACCAAUAUGAGUUCACCACACUACCAGUUCUUCACUUCGAAGCCAGGUGUCUAUCGUGUCAGACUCACCUGCUUCAUCCCCUACCUGACAGUCAAGAAGACCGGAAUGGAACUCGGUAUUCCGGCGUCGUCAAACAACUCCAUUUCAUUCCAAGUACCACAGGCGAAUGCGAGUAUCAAGAUUUUCAAUGGUUUCGCCGAUGUCGAUGCCACCAACCACUGGAUCGAGAAAGCCGGUAAGGAAGUGCCAAACUACACCAUCGUAUUCGCCAAACUUCCACAGGAAUCUCAACUUCGUAUCCAAUGGACAAUCAAAACUGAAAUUGUCAAUCCUAGCAACAGCAGCAAAGCAAUCGAUACCAAACUAAAACCACCAAGCAUCGUGGUUGUUCAAAGCACAUUAGGUUCAAUCGGUGAAGGUUUAUUAAUUUUAAUUUCUAAAUUUAAAUAUAAGAUGCUUAAUGGAUCUAUUUCAUUAUUUAAUUUACUAAUUGAUAAAAAUCUAAAUAUUAUCAAUGUGGAAGGUGAAGCUAUUAAGAAAUGGGAAUUGAUAAACAAUGAAUCCGAUCAGAAAUCUUCUACCUAUAGAAAUCUAUCGGUUUGGUUGGAUUAUGGUGUUGAGAAUGACUAUGAAUUGACAGUUUCCGCUGAAUUCAAUAUGGGUUCUACGUCUGCUGACGUUAGCAUUCCAUCGAUCAGAUGUAUUGGCGAUGAAAUAACAAGACACCGUGGAUUCAUUGCAAUCGAGGCGAGAACCAACGUUGAGAUCUCAGAGUUGAACUCUCAGAACUUGGAUGUCAUCGAUAUCAAAGAACUCCCACUGGAUCUCUCGCAACUCUCUCAAUUCCCUAUACUCCUGGGUUACAAAUUCCUCGAUCCCAAAUUCCAGUUGAAUUUGCGUGUCAAAAAGAAUCUCGAUGUUCAGGUGCUCGUUUCCAUCUGUGAGGGUGCACACUUUAUCACAACGAUGUCCAACACUGCAGCCUACUCCACCGUCUACCUGCCAGACACCAUUAAAAAGACCGGCAAAUCUCAAGGUAAUCUCAAGGACGUCAGCUACUUUGCACACGCAGUACCACGUCCAUUCGAAGGAUCGGAACUAACCGACUACAGUGCACCGGUAAAGAACUCCUACCACGAACGCAGAGCAAGCAUCUCAUUAAGAGACUCUGCAAGUUUGGACAGCAGCAACAGUUUUACCAAUAACAACAAUAACAAGUCAUAUUUUAAGAGUUCCUACCAUGAAGAAGCGAAUUUCGCAAAGAAAUCAAAUGCACGUCCAAGAACUGGAGUGAUCCCAGUGCGUGUUGAAAUGCCAGUCACCGGAAACCCACAUUAUUUCGAACAAAUUCUUCUCGAUGGUGAUAAAGAUCUCUUCUAUGAAUUCGAAUACAAAGAACAAAUUUCAAAAGUAAAACAACAUAGAUCAGUUUAA